CGAUUAUAAGCCUGUAGCUUUUUCUAGAACUGCUCCCUGCCAAACAUUUAGUGUGGCUGUGGGCGUUUACGUGGAGCACGUGAAGGCGUCACGUUCGGGUCCGUUUAGCUCUGUCCGCCGCUCCCUGACAGUUGAAGAGGACACACCGAGACACGAAGCAGCGAGAAAGACAAAAUGAAGGACGUCAAUAUUCUGCGGAUUCUCGUCAUAAUCCUGUGUGCGGUGGUUUUUGUUGCCGUUUUAAUCUUUAACGCUUUGGCCGGAGCGGGCAAAGCUCCCUUUCAUACUUCUACAGGAAAUGUAUCAGCCCGCUAUGAGACAGGCAUCACUCCAGCUGGCUGGACCUUCUCCAUCUGGGGCGUUAUCUAUACCUGGCUCACCCUGAUGGUGAUUUAUAUCACUUCAUACACAUGCAGAGGAUCCUGGGCUCAGUGUCUGCUGCCCUACGGCUUCCAUAUUUGCUGGCUCUCCAACAUGGUGCUGAACAUUAUAUGGCUCCUGCUGUGGGACGCAGAGAUGGUUCUUGCGUCUUUGGUCGUUUUAAUCCUGAUAGCGGUUUCCGGCUACAGCGCUCUGUUCUUCUGUUGCUUUGCCACAGAUUACUACGGACUCUGGUUACAGACAUACCAUCGCAAAGACCUGACCUUUCUCAGAGUACUGGUCCAAAAUGGUUUGGCUGUCUACACUACAUGGACUUCUAUCGCCUCUCUGAUCAAUUUCUCUGUAGUUCUCCACCUGUGGGGUGUGGAUAAGAGCACGGCAGCAACUGCGUCACUGUGCAUCCUGUUUGCAGAGGUGAUAGCAUGGUUCAUUCUGGAGAACUGGGUGCUGGACCGCUGGGUGCGCAACAUCCUCACAAUCUACCCGGUGGUGAUCAUGGCUCUGGUCGGAAACGUCUACAAGCACUUCAACCCAGCCGAUCCCACUCCAAACGCCAUCUUUAUGGUUGUGCUGUUGGUCCUGGCGUGCAUCCUUUUCGUGUCCAGAUUCUUCACGGUGCUCUGGAGGAACAAGUGGCGCCCCCUCCACUCCCCGGGCUCAGCACGGCUGAUGGUGUCACCCCUCGACGGCAGGACGUUCAGAGUCCUUUCUUAAACAAAACUCGUGCCUCCCCAGACCCACUGAGUUACAUGUUCACACCACCUCCACAGUCAUGUUUGAAGGUAGAUCUAAAUGUUAAACAGAGUUUAUCUGUCAGCAUGGGGAACAAAUGUAUUUCUUCAGUGGAAGAAAGACUCUGCACGGGAAGGCAGGAAACCCACAAAUCUUUUCUAUCUGCUCUUCAGCUGUACUGAAGAAAAUAGAAAUACCGUCUUUAAAAUACUUUAAAUUCUUUUAAAAACUACUACAACUAUUUAAUACACUGCUUAAUUUUAUCUUAAUGUACUUUACUCAUGUAUUUCAGUGUUCCCCACUCACACACUUUAGUUUGCAGGUUUAUUAGUGGCUCCCGCAGUAUAUUUGGCAGCUCAUUUUUGAUUUCUGUUUUGUUUUUGUUUUUUAUCCAUCUGAGACACUGAGACAAGUUCACACUCCAUGACUUCAUGAUCCCUGUGCUCUUAUUUUGAAAGUUCGAUCACUGCUAAAUAGGGAUGUAUGGCACCAGUUCUGACAUAAACGGUAGUAACCAGACCGAAAAGCAGCGCACAUUUUGGUGCUUUUUUUUUUUUUCUUGAGAUGUCACACACUUUAGAUUCUAGCCAAU